AUGAAAAGAGUUUCGGCAAUAAAGUGGGAUGCGCCGACACCAUACGACCCAGUGUGGCUCGCGAGUGUUCAGACCUACCCACCUGCCUUUGCUGUUAAUGAAACAAGACUCUGGUUUUGGGGUUGGGUUUAUGAGCAAGAUGUCCAAUUCCAAUUAUUCACUAGACGAAAUCCAUUCGACUCUCAAGAAAUCAAAAUCAACGAUACGGCUUCGUUGCGAAAUUCUAAUUUUGACUUCAACAAUAAAGUGAAAGUUCUAACACAUGGUUGGCUUAAUCAUGGUUCCAGUCCUAUGCCUGAAUCUAUCAAAGAAGCCUAUCUGAACAUCAGUGACCUUAAUAUAAUUGUAGUAGAUUGGGGUAAAGCCGCAAAUGUUAACUAUAUACUCGCCAGUUACAAUGUUGCCAUGGUAGGCAGACUGUUAACCGAGUUCCUGAAUUUCCUAAUUUCCGAAGGAGUGUCUAUGGACGACGUUCACCUAAUAGGGCAUAGUUUAGGUGCUCAUGUGGUGGGGAUAGCUGGAGCUUAUGUAAAACAAGGACCAAUUGACACAAUAACCGGACUAGAUCCAGCACUUCCGCUUUUUUCAAUAAGUAAUAUAAAUGGACGUUUAGACAAACACGACGCUCGGCAUGUUGAAGUCAUUCACACUUGUGGUGGUUAUUUAGGUUUUGCUGCGCCCCUGGGUCAUAUUGAUUUCUAUCCUAACGGCGGAACUCGGCAACCUGGUUGCCGCCUCGAUUAUAGAGGACUCUGCGCGCAUAAUCGAGCACACAUGUAUUUUUCUGAGUCUAUCAUAUCGACUGUUCCAUUCACUGCCGUCCGCUGCAAGGACUACGACGAGCUUUACUACAAUGGUUCAUGUAAGGGAACUGGAGAGACUCUUAUAAUGGGCGGUUUUGACAUACACUAUGGAAAGGACGGAAUUUACUACCUCAAGACCAAUGCGGAGAAACCUUUCGCGAUUGUUGAUGAAAACAGCUAA